AUGGAUGGAGUGAUAUUAACCAUGGAAUUAAAGCCUGAAGGGGAGAGACCGCAGAGAAAAGUACGAUUUCGAAUCGCUUCUUCGUCUAGCGGAAGAGUACUAAAGGAGGUAUACACUGAUGGAGAUUCCCUGGAUUCUGAAUGUGCCAGUAGCUCAGAGACAGACCAAUAUAGUGUCCCAAGUGAAGCCGACAUCAAUCAAAAUGGCUUCUUAGGUUCAGAAUAUGACGAGAGUGAAAAUGAACCAGAUGACCUACUUGUUUUAGCAAGAGCUACCAAAGAUAGGGGAUUUGGAACCAAAAGAGUGAAUAUACUUAGUAAAAAUGGUACAGUCCGUGGAGUCAAACAUAAAGUCAGUGCUGGCCAAGCAUUAUUUGACAAUUUAGCAAAAGUUUUCCAGCAGUCAACUACAACCUUAGAAUAUGGACGGAUAGUCAUAUAUACAACAAGUUUAAGAGUGGUGAGAACAACUUUUGAGAGAUGUGAAAUGGUAAGAAAAAUUUUCCAGAACCACAGAGUAAAAUUUGAAGAAAAGAACAUUGCAUUGAAUAGUGACUAUGGUAAAGAGUUGGAUGAAAGAUGUCGCAGGGUUUCUGAAAUCCCAUCCUUACCUGUUGUAUUCAUUGAUGGUCAUUAUCUUGGGGGGUUAAACAGAAUAAUUACUGUCAAUGAACGAAUCGGGGAAUUACAGGAUCUUUUGAUAAAAAUUGAGAGAGUGCAGCACCCACACGCUUGUCCCUCCUGCGGGGGAUUUGGCUUUGUUCCUUGUCUUGUGUGCCAUGGAAGCAAGAUGUCAGUGUUCCGGAACUGCUUCACAGACUCAUUUAAAGCCUUGAAGUGCACUGCCUGCAAUGAGAACGGACUACAGCGAUGUAAAAGCUGUGCUGGAUAA